AUGGUGCUCACACGCGAAACGUGCGAGGAAAUUAAAAAUUUAGAGAGUCAUAUCCUUACAAACAGUUUAAAUGAUCCAACGUUCAUAACUAAGAUCGCUGGUCAGGUAGCAGAAGCCACAGCAAAAACUGUAAGUAAAAAACUGGAAACGAUGGAAAGGAAUUUGUCCCUGAUGGAAAAGAGUAUUGCUGAAUUUAAAACACGUACUGAAGCUGAAUUAAGUAAAAUGCGAAAUCAAAUUAAGGUUUUGCAUCAAAUAGAAUCAAGAUGUGAUAAUAUAGAUCAGCGGCUUAGGAAAAAUAAUCUAAGAAUAUUCAACCUUGCUGAAGAUGAAAAGGAAAAUACACGGGAAAAAGCCAGAACUUUUCCCAACUCUAAACUGUCAAUAGAUUUGCAGGAAAAUGAUAUCGAGAUAUACUUUAGAGUUGGAAAAGCAGAAUGCAGCAAACAGAAAAUCUAG